AUGUUCGUCGAUGGCGGGGCUAGCCAUAGCCUCUUCAAUCUGGCGACAGCAAAAAAAUGCAAGUUGCAGCUGGACAGGUGUCUGCCCGAAAUUGACGCCCGCCUCGUGGAUGGGACGCCUCUGGCGAUUUUGGAAGAAACACGGACGGUGCGGAUUGAGUGCGGCGACGAUUUCGGCUUCAGCAUGAAGUUUCUCGCGACGACGUUGGACGGAUGCGACGUGCUCCUGGGACGCGAUUGGCUGCGACGGCACAACCCGGUAAUCGAUUGGACGACGGGAUCGUGCAGCAUCAGCAAGGACGGGAAGCUGAUUACUCUGCCCGCGUGGACUCCGGACUGCAUCGAGUCUACAUGCGUCAAAGCCAUCACGAUUACACGCCACGUCAACAGGGGUGCGCAACUGUUCGCCGUAUGCUUGCGCGAGUUGGCAGCCGACACUGACGGAAACGACAUCGAGAAGCUGUGCGCAGCUGUACCACCUGAUUUAGCGGAGCUGAUUCGACAGUACCCCGACAUCUUCCCCGACGAUUUGCCACCUGGCCUGCCACCCGAGAGACCCGAAGACCACAAAAUCCAGCUGGAACCUGGCGCGCAUCCGACUGUUCGUACACAGUGGCGGUUGACUCAGCCCGAACUCGCGGAGCUUCGAAGUCAACUUGAGUCACUGUUGGAGAAGGGCUUCAUCCGACCCAGUACUUCGCCCUUCGCCGCACCGAUCCUGUUCACACCGAAGAAGGACGGCGGCAUUCGCAUGUGCAUCGACUAUCGCGCGCUCAACCGGGUUACCAUCAAGUCUCGCUAUCCCAUCCCACGCACCGACGACCUCCUCGACCAACUUCGCGGCGCUCGCUACUUCUCAAAGAUUGACCUACGCGGCGGUUACCACCAAAUCAGAGUAUUCGCUGACGAUUGUCACAAGACCGCCUUCCGAACCCGCUACGGCAGUUACGAGUUCACAGUGAUGCCUUUCGGCCUCACGAACGCGCCAUCAACAUUUCAACGCACCAUGAACAGGGUAUUUCGCGACCUGCUGGACAAGUGUGUUAUCGUCUACUUGGACGAUAUUCUGAUUUUUAGCAGGACACGCGAGCAGCACCUCCGCGACCUCGACGCAGUGUUUAAGCGGCUACAGGAGAACCGGCUCAUCACCAAAGGCUCUAAGUGCGAGUUCUUUAAGCAAGAGUUGGAGUUUUUGGGGCACGUCAUCUCACGCGACGGCAUCAAAAUCGACCCGAAGAAAAUCAAGACCAUCCAGGAAUGGAAGGCCCCGACUAAUGUCACAGAACUUCAGAGUUUUCUGGGGUUUGUGAAUUAUGUCCGGCGGUUUAUCCCGAAUAUGGCGGGGAUAACCGGCCCGCUGACCGACCUGCUGCACAAGGAUAAAAAUUUCGUGUGGGGGGAAGAGGCUGAGGCGGCUUUUCAGGAGUUGAAGCAGUUACUGGUGUCCCCUCCGGUUCUUCGCAUCGCCGACCCAUCCAAGCCGUUCGAAGUCGUCACCGACGCUUCAGAUUUCGCCAUCGGCGCAGUGCUGCUCCAGGAUUUUGGCAACGGCUUACAACCGAUCGCCUACGAGUCACGCAAGUUGCAGGCAGCCGAGCGCAACUACCCGAUUCACGACAAGGAGAUGCUCGCCAUCAUUCACGCGUUUAAACUGUGGAGAUGCUACCUGACUGGCGCCGACGUCACUGUUCGCACCGAUCAUAAAUCCCUACAGUACCUUCGAGCGCAACCCAACCUCAACCCACGACAAAUCCGGUGGCUCGAUUACAUGGAGUCACACUUCCACUACAGGAUCACCUACAAGAAGGGCGCGAACAAUAUUGCCGACGCCCUGACCCGACCGACAGUCCAAUCCGCUGCUGUGCUGAUCACCCAUUCGAACCCGCUUCUUUCGGGACUAUUCACCCACGGCUACACUACGGACCCGUUCUUCACGACUGGAAAUCACCAGCAGGCGACGACGCAGAAAGGGAAUUAUUACCUAAAGGCCGGAACUGACCGGAUUUGGGUUCCCGCUUACCGGCUGCUGCGCGAACUCCUUAUUCAGGAGGUCCAUGAUUCCAACCUCUCCGGACAUUUCGGGGUUGAUAAAACCCAGAAGUUGUUGCACCGUCAGUAUUAUUGGCCUGAUUCUGCUAACGACGUGCAGCGAUAUGUGUCCUCAUGCAGGGUGUGCCAAGCCAUGAAAUCGACACGUCAGCGGCCAGCUGGGUUGCUGCAACCUCUCGAGCCACCCGAACGACCAUGGCAACAGGUGACGAUGGACUUCGUCACGGGGCUGCCAGCUGGGCCGUCCGGCAACGACGCUGUACUCGUCGUCGUCGAUCGCCUCACAAAAAUGGCGCAUUUCGCACCUUGUCGCACGACAAUCACCGCCGAAGAAACUGCACGCCUCUUCAUCUCCACCGUUGUGCGACUACACGGCAUCCCAUCGGCGAUCAUCAGCGACCGGGACCCAAAGUUCACAUCGAAAUUUUGGAAGGAGACGUGGGCGCAGUACGGAACGAAGCUACAGUUCUCGUCGGCAUACCACCCGCAAACCGACGGCCAGACCGAGCGGACCAAUCAGACGAUGGAGCAGCUUAUCAUGACAAACUGCCCCGACCCCGCUCGCUGGGAACAUUCGCUCGCCAUGCUGGAAUUCGCGUUCAACAACGCUCCGUCCAGCACGACUAAUCACUCCCCGUUCUUCUUGAAUUACGGGAUGGACCCGGUGGUACCUACAACGACUACACUUGACAACCCGCUGGGCAACUAG